AUGAAUGGUUCCACGCAAGGUGAGACGCCAACGGCUGAGGGACCAAACCUAUCGCAACAGCAGCUUGUUGAGUAUCGCGAGAGGCUGAUUCGCAAUCUGGAACUGCGAGAUCUCUCCGCUCAAGAGCUCCACUUGGGGAUCCCCGACAAGACCCGCGUGGCGCCCGUCCUCGAGGAUUCCGUCUUGAACUCCCCUUAUCCAACUUCGGCCUUUACAAGCACGUCGACCGAGUCUGGAAACACAAUCCGUGGCGGCAUGACCCCGGCACCCAUCGCCAGCACCCCCUCAUAUCCCUUCCCGCGAAUGACGAUCCCACCUGGAAGCUUUGGUCCAUCUGGCUUCUCCCUCCCACAUGCCCAGGCUUCCGCUGCGUCGGGGUUUCCCCGCUCGCCCCAUCCAAUGAACCUUGACCAUCGUGGUGUCCUCGACAGAGUUCUAUCAGAGACGUCGACCCCGGCCUCGGCCAUGACCUUCCAGCCGGGCGCCGCUCCGCAACCCGAUGGCUUUGAUUUUCCCACCCCCAGUCUAUAUGACCUCUCGCUGAUGCUUUCCGCCGAGCCCGGUCUCGAUGCCUGGUGGGGCACCGUCGUCCAGAUCAUGCGAGAAGUGUACCAGGCCGAGCGUGUCACGUUGGCGGUUCCCGCCGACACCACGGACAUUGAAAACGUGCCGUGGGGACAAAAGGCUACCUAUAACGAGCACGAGCAGGAUGACCUCAGCAUGAACUACCUGGCCAGGGGCACCAGCGCGGUGCCAAGCGCUGUGCCAAGCGCGGAGAAUGACGCCGUUGAUGAUGUGCUUGCCAGCCCUACCGCGGGCACGCCCCUGGAAGGGCCAAGGCGGCCUACGUUUGCGAGCCGUCACUCGUUCACCACCUUUGAGGAGAACAAGGACAAGUCACCGGAAGGCAUCACGAUGGCGGCGCCCCGUCGACCCACCUACUUGACCAGAAGUCAGACACAUUCUCCGUCCAUCAUGUCCGCAGCGGAACGGCAGGGAGACGAUCGCGCCAAACUAAACAAGAGCACCCUCCAGCAGCAUGACUUUAUCGAGGAAGAGCAACAGCAGCAACGGCCCAUUCCCAGCUGGGAGGCGCCCUUCGUGAGCAAGAGCAACGGCCAGGGCAGAGUUCUGCCCGUUCUCCAGGCUCUUGAUUACGAAGCCGACCCCUUGAUUGACAACACGGGCGUCAUGAGAGUCUUGGAGCGCGGACGGCCAGUGGCCUUGACAAGAAAUUACCCAUACUUGGCGCCAGCAGCUCCGGCCGCACCACCGUUGACCGGACGGCCGGAGCUGGCGAGGAAGCCCAAGAACAAGAGAUCAGACUCCGCAACCAAGCUGUCGUCCAUCUUUUCGGGCCCUACUGGCGCCCGUGCCUCUAUCAGAUCCAAGGUGCACUUUGGCGACACCAUCCUGGACGACGACAGCCCGAGGCCGCCCACGCCAAAGUAUGAAGAGUAUGAGCAGACCCCUCCGUCGCCGUGGUCGCAGUCCCCGGCUCCGUCACCCGCGGUCAGGCCCGAUCCGAAGGAGAACCCCUUCUUCACUGAUGCCACCGUCGACGAAGACUCUUUCAACCCGGAUCCCACACCCACGGACUACGCCUCCAUGCGGCCCCCGGAAGCUAUCGGCGUCGAUCACUCCUGGACGGUUUUGCAUAUUCCCCUUUCGACCGCCCUGCCCUCCAAGCUGCAGCCCCACUCCUUUAAGCUUGAUGCCACGACGAUGCACCAGAAGUCACAUUCGAGGAGCAGCCAGUCGCCAGAGAGCAUCCACCGCAUCUCCAUGGAGCCUGAUAUCCCAAAGAGAGACAAACCGGCUCCGAUUGCCAUCUUGUCCGUCCUCAGCCCCGUCAUCCCGUACCCAUCCAACUUGCGACACUCCCUGGAGUACCUGGCGCCGCAUCUCGCGGCCACUUUCUCUCUGUGUCGACACUACACCAAUCUCGAGACGGAACUUGCCGGUCUCAAGCGGAGAAGGCCAUCUACGGCUGGGUUUGGUGCCGUCACCGCAUUCGGCCGGCCAAUGGAAAACGCCCCCUUUCUCGCCGCGGACGAGUCGGCUGUCCUACAGCAGUCGUUGGCCGGGAGCAUCACGAGUCCAAGCGACUAUUCGGGCAUAUCCAAAAGCACGACUGGCUCGCCGACCGGCACCCCCGGAUGGGACUCGGGGGCUCUCGUCUACCUUGCGGAAAGACGGCAGCCCGCGGCGAGCCCAGCGGGCAUCUCCCAGUCCUCGGGUGGCUAUUUCGGCAGCAAGCUUGCGAGACAGAGCUCGCAGCGGUCUCGGGCUGGUUCUAAGGAGGACCCUUCUGGAGACGUGCGGCCAUCUCGCCUAGGUGGCAACAAAACCGCCGCUGCCGCUGCCGCCGCCGCCGCGGCGCCCCCAACACCGCAACCUGCCGUGACAGCGGUCGAGGACAUGGCGGAUAGACAUGCAGGGAGCUCGGACGACUCCACUAACGCAAAGGACACUCAGUCUCGAAACAGUCUCGAUGGAAGCAUCGACCUUGACGCCAUAUCGGCCGAUAGAUUCCCCGAGCCUCCAAAGGUCGAGCAGGGUCCAUCGAAGAAGGGCCACACUCUCCUGCAUAGCUACGGCGCCGACUUUGCCUCCACGUUCCAAUCACUGCCUCCUGGCGCCAGCCUGCCCAGCCGGCCGCUGUCAUCCAAUGCAAACGUGCUGCAGAGGAGCAACUCGUUCAUCGCCUCCGCCGCUGACAUGCCACCGCCGUCCGAUAAGCUGAAAGGCCUCAUACUCGACUCUCUACCCGCCCAGGUUUUCGUUGCCUUGCCGCAGACGGGCGAGAUCGUCUGGGUCAAUAGCCGCUAUCUGUCCUACCGGGGACAGACAGUGGCAGACCUGUCCGCGGAUCCAUGGGGCAGCAUCCACCCAGACGAGCGCGAGGACUAUCUCAAAGCCUGGAGUCAUUCGUUGAGAACGGGAGAGCAAUUCUCCAGCACUGUAAGAAUCAAGAGAUUUGAUGGCGCCUACAGGUGGUUCUACGCCCGCGCCGUUGCUUCCAGGGAUAAGCGGGGGACAGUCGUCCAGUUUCUAGGCUCGUACCUGGACAUACACGAGCAGCGCAUAGCCGAAAUUAAAGCCGCGCGCCAACAGGAGGUUGAGGCCUCGGAAGCAAAGCACCGUCUGCUAGCCAACCUGAUCCCGCAGAUUAUCUUUACUGCCACGGAGGAGGACGGCGUGACGUUUGCAAACGAGCAAUGGCUGUCCUACACCGGCCAGAGCUUCGAGGACUCGCUGCGCCUGGGCUUCUUGGACUUUGUCCACCCGGAAGAUUUGGCGAGAUGCCGCAUUCCUUCCUCGCAGUCUACUUCACAACCUACAGCUUCGGAUCCAAAGGGCAACGGGAGCUCCGGCCACGGCGACACCACAAGCACGCCCACGGACGCAGCAAAGGAGCGGCCGCCGGCAGAGACUCCAGGCCGAGGGCGCCCAUCAAACAAGCAAGGCGCUGGCGGUGAAACGGGCUACCACCUUGCGAACCCCGACAUUGCAGAACUCGCCAAGAAGGGCGUCAUCAAGGUCGGCACCGACUCCAACGGCAGACUGUCUUACACGACAGAGGUCCGGCUGCGCUCAAAGACGGGAGAGUACCGGUGGCAUCUCGUUCGCUGCGUCGAGAUUGACACCAUAGACUUUGGCAGCGGCGCGAGCUCCUACUUUGGCUCUGCCACCGACAUCAACGACCACAAGCUUCUCGAGGCCAAGUUGAAGGAAGCCAUGGAGUCAAAGGGCCGGUUCUUGAGCAACAUGUCUCACGAGAUCCGUACUCCUCUGAUUGGAAUAUCGGGUAUGGUGAGCUUUUUGCAGGAUACGCCGCUCAACGAAGAGCAGCGAGACUACACCAACACCAUCCAGACGAGUGCCAACAGUCUCAUCAUGAUCAUCAACGACAUCUUGGAUCUCUCCAAGGUGGACGCGGGAAUGAUGAAGCUGAGAUUCGAAUGGUUCCACACCCGCUCGCUCAUUGAGGAUGUCAACGAGCUUGUGUCUACAAUGGCCAUCUCUAAAAGACUCGAGCUCAACUACCUCGUGGAUGCAGAUGUCCCCGCGUGGGUAAAGGGCGACAGGGUUCGGAUUCGCCAGGUCCUGUUGAACGUCAUCGGAAACGCCAUCAAAUUCACGUCGGAAGGCGAGGUGUUUAGUCAGUGCAAGGUGUACAGGGGAGAUGACGCGGUGGUAGGGGAACACGAGAUUAUGCUCGAGUUCAUCAUCACCGAUACCGGCCGUGGCUUCUCCGAGGAAGAAAAGGCUCUCAUCUUCAAGCCCUUUAGCCAGAUUGACGAGAGCAGCACGAGACAGCAUGGCGGCAGCGGGCUCGGCCUGGUCAUUUCAAGGCAACUCGUCGAGCUCCACGGCGGCAAGAUGGAAGGGACAGCGGUCAUGGGCAAGGGCUCAACCUUUACCUUUACGGCUCGCUGCUCGCUACCGACGGUCGAAGAUCGGCCUCCGAUGCCCAACAGUCCGGGGUCGACAGCGACUGUGGUGUCUCCGUCAUCUGCCGCGUCCGACGAGCGUGGCCACCAUACGAGGCUUCCCGCGCUGCCGCCCGCGGCGCCCUCGGUCCAGAAAACGCACAAUGCGGACGAGUCAAGUUUCGUGGGUCAAGAAUUCAUCCCGCUGGGUGCCGAAUCGACAGGCAGCUCAAGCCAGUCUCCUCACUCUGGCCAGUCGCUCGCUACGGACAGGUCUUCUAUAACAUCGAUGAACACGGGCUUAGCUCGCUUCAGCGAGGCGGCUAAAGCUAGCGGUCAAGACCUUUCGCAAAUGAAGCUUGAGAUGCCACCCGACCGAGGCUCGACAACACGCAGCGCAACGCCGGAGAAGAAGCUGCCGUCCGAAACGUUCCGCCCGCCGAUGUAUCUGAUACUCAUCAUUUGCCCUCAAACGCACAGCCGCGAGGCCACUACGCAGCACAUUGAGAUGACGCUGCCGAAAGACGUGCCUCAUCAGAUCACCGCCGUUGCCAGCGUUGAAGAGGCUGAAGCUUUCAUUGGAGGCGAAGAUCCUAUUCGGUUCACCCACAUCGUCAUCAAUCUCGGCGAGGCUGAAGCAGUCAUUAGCAUUAUGGACAAGAUCACCAAGUCUCAGAAGAUGGACAGCACCAUGAUUUUGAUUCUCUCGGACUCGGUCCAGCGGCAGGAGGUGAUGAAGUACUCGUCCGGCACCAAAUACGAAAAGCUCUUUUCGGACAAGAUGGUCAACUUCAUCUACAAGCCGGUCAAGCCAUCACGGUUUGCCGUCAUCUUUGACCCGGAUCGACGACGGGAUCUGAGCACCGACUGGAACAGGUCUACCGCGCAGCAAAUGCUGGAGAGUCAGAAGGCUAGCUCCCUGGAGCUUCAGAAGCGCAUGGGCAACAAGGGCUUCAGAGUCCUGCUGGUGGAAGACAACACGGUCAACCAGAAAGUGAUGACCAAGUUCCUUAUGAAGGUUGCAGUCGACGUGGACAUUGCCGUUGACGGAGCAGAGUGCGUCGAGAGAGUGUUUUCGAAGCCGCACAACUACUACUCUCUCAUUCUGUGCGACCUCCAUAUGCCUCGCAAGGAUGGCUACCAAGCCUGUCGCGAGAUUCGGGAAUGGGAGAUGCAUUACAAUUACCCGCAACUGCCCAUCAUUGCGCUUUCUGCCAACGUCAUGUCAGACGUACAAGAGAAGUGUGCUGCAGCCGGAUUUAGCGACUAUGUGACAAAACCUGUGGACUUUAUUGACCUCAGCAGAGCCAUGUCACGGUUUUUCUGA